CACUGGCGGCCCACAGCCCCGCAGCCUCGGUGCCGGGGAAAGAUGGUCUGUCACCUCGAAGCUCCGCCGGACCCACGCUGCGCCCCCGAGAGGCCGCCUUUGCUCCUGGGGCACCGCGCAGCCUCCCGGCCUUCGCACCGGGAACCGUUUCCGGGGCGAAUGCUUUUCGUAGCUGACCCGGCGCGGCCCGUGACGCGAGCGCCCAGACGGAAGUGCGGGCUGAGGAGCCGGAGCCCGAGCCGGAGCCCGACCGAGAGCAGGUCUCGGGGGCUCCGGCUGUGGGGACUGCUGGCCCUGGCAGCGAUGGCGACCCUGUGGGCCGGCCUCCUUCGUCUCGGCUCCAUGCUCAGCCUGUCCUGCCUGGCGCUCUCGGUGCUGCUGCUAGUGCAGCUGUCGGACGCCGCCAAGAAUUCUGAGGAUGUCCGAUGUAAAUGUAUCUGUCCUCCCUAUAAAGAUAAUUCUGGGCGUAUUUAUAAUAAGAACAUAUCCCAAAAAGACUGUGAUUGCCUUCAUGUUGUGGACCCCAUGCCUGUGCGGGGGCCUGAUGUAGAAGCAUACUGUCUACGCUGUGAAUGCAAAUAUGAGGAGAGAAGUUCUGUUACGAUCAAGGUUACCAUUAUAAUUUAUCUCUCCAUUUUGGGCCUUCUGCUUCUGUACAUGGUAUAUCUUACUCUGGUUGAGCCCAUACUGAAGAGACGCCUGUUUGGACACUCACAAUUGAUACAGAGCGAUGAUGAUGUUGGGGAUCACCAGCCUUUUGCAAACGCCCACGAUGUGCUGGCCCGCUCCCGCAGUCGAGCCAAUGUGCUGAAUAAGGUAGAGUAUGCCCAGCAGCGUUGGAAGCUUCAAGUUCAAGAGCAGCGAAAAUCCGUCUUUGACCGUCAUGUUGUCCUCAGCUAAUUGGGAAUCGAAUUCAAGUCUGCCAGCCUCAUCAAAGCCCUGACUUACCUAUUUGAAUUUUGCACUGACUAUAUUAUCUGGACAUCUGGUUGGCCUGUGGCUGUACUUCAUGGUAAAUUGGAUCUGAAAUGCCUGGUGGCUCUUCACAAGAUGCAGAUUUUCUUCCUGUACUGUGAUGUCUGAUGCAAUGCAUCUUAGAACAAGCUGGCCGUUCGCUAGUUUACUCUAAUGAAUAAACAUAGUCUUCGUGUGUGGUCUUUCUCGUCUUCUUCUUCUUUAAGGAUGAAUCCUAAGGACUUGGACACUUGCAAUAAAGAAAUUUUCUUUUAAACCCAAGCCUCCCUGGAUUGAUGACAUACACAUAUUUGUCAGCAUCCCCAGUCAGGUUGAGAGGCAGCUGUUUGAGCUGUAGUGUGUACAGCUUUGAACUAGUACUGGAGUUCCAGUUGCCUCCCUCUGAAAGGUAUAGCAGUUAUUGGAUAACUGGCUUUUUUCUUCCUAUGUCCUCUUUGAAAUGUAACAAUAAAAAUAAUUUUUGAAACACC